AGACCUUUUGAGGCCAUACCAGUACCUGACCACGGUGGAUAACUGGAAUUUUUACAAGGUCAAGGUCACCGGACCGAUGACUAAUCAGAACGUCAAGGUCACGUGCGAGGCGCUGGGGAUGAGAUACCCGUGCUACAGCUCGGGUAGUCCCGGGUGCACCAACGGCUGGACCUCGGGCUGCAUCACGUAUACCGCCACCAUGGCUAGUUUCAGCUGUGGUACCCACUUCGACCUCUCGGUAAACCUGUGUGGAGAUACUAACUCUGUGUACUGUCGGCCCCUUGAUGACAUCUUUGUGUACAUCUCUGACUGGCUGAGCGAUGACAGCGCCUGGGGACUGGACUACCAGACUCACACCUGGAACCUGCAUGGAGCGAACUACAACGACAAGUACGCCCUGUGUGCAGAUUUUGAUGAGUGCAUCAGCAGCGACCCCUGUCAGAACCAGGCGACAUGCCAGGACCAGAUUAACGGGUUCAUCUGUCAGUGUGCGCCUGGGUAUGCCGGAACACACUGUGAAACAGAGAUAGACGAGUGCAGCAGCGACCCCUGUCAGAAUGACGCUACAUGUCAGGACGAGCUGAACGGGUUCACCUGCCAGUGUCUGCCUGGGUAUGCCGGAACUCUCUGUGAAACGGUCCCAUACGCUGGCGGCUGCCUGCUGUUCUCCUCCAAUGCCGUGUCCUAUCCCGAAGCGAGCCAGGAGUGCCAGACCAGGGGAGGGCACCUGGUGGAUGUGAAGGAGGCCGAGCUGCAGCGGCUCAUCGCUGAUUCCAUCCCUGCCGGAAGUGACGUGUCCCCGUGGAUCGGACUCAAGCUGUCGCCUGGAGUGAUGACCUAUGAUGACGGGACCAGUGCCUCAGACAUUGACGAGUGUGCCUCCAAUCCUUGUCAAAACGACGGAACCUGCCAGGACGGCCUCGACUCCUACCACUGUCACUGUCCUAUUGGUUACGGGGGAGACAACUGUCAAACAGACCUUGACCUGUGUGCCGAUGUUGCCUGUCCGUUCGACUGGCAGUGUCAGGACCAAGGCAACAAUUUCGUCUGCCUCGCCGGCACCACCAGGCUGGCGGAGCCCUACUCGUGCAGCAGCGCCUCCUGUCCGGACGGCAUGUACUGCAGGGAGGAGGGCGUGGCAUCUUUCUCGUGCAGAGCCGGGUCACCUGCACUGCCUCCAAACAAGGAGGAACUCUGGACUCGGGACGUGACUUUGCGCGUGUCAACAGUUAGGAGGUCAGGGUCGGUUGGAACAGCGGCAGGGUCAGGGAACGAGAACACGACGUCCAUUCUGCUAACCGCUGGCAACACGGUACAAACUGUUGUAAUCACAGCACGUUGGAAUCUUGAGGCAGUGAAGAUGUGGAUCUCCCUGAUCUUGGUUUUCGCUCUGGCCGCCGGCCCGGCCUCACCAACCGGAACGUUUUUGGUGACGUAUUCGGGCUACGACUACUUCAAAGUGCCCGCCACUGGGCCCAUGUCCAGCGCGAAUGUCAAGGUUACUUGUGAACGAGCUGGUUACGUCACACCGUGUCCCGGGGACGGGGACUGCGGACACUCGUCAGCCGACUGUGUCCAGACCGGGCUUAUCUACUGCGGGUGGCCCAUGCAUGACGUGUCCCUGGUUCUCUGCGGUGGCUAUCCCAUGGUCUGCCCUGCGCUGGACGGAGUGUACAGCUUCAUGGCCAGCUAUCAUUCUGGCUCUGCCUGUGGUGUGGAGGGUAACGGCUGGUGCACCUACGGAAAUGACUACAAUGACCGCUUCGCCUUCUGCGCCCGAGUUGAGGUUGACGAGUGCCGAAGCGCCCCCUGUCAGAAUGGAGCAGUAUGCCAGGACGGGGGAAACAGCUUCACCUGUCAGUGUGUGCCUGGGUAUGCUGGAACUCUCUGUGAAAUAGAUAUCGAUGAAUGCUUCGGCGUCACCUGUCAGAAUGGAGCAGUAUGCCAGGACGGAGUGAACAGCUUCACCUGUCAGUGUGUGCCUGGGUAUACCGGAACUCUCUGUGAAACAAAUGUUGACGAGUGCAGCAGCGACCCCUGUCAGAAUGGAGCAGUAUGCCAGGACGGAGUGAACAGCUUCACCUGUCAGUGCGCGCCUGGGUAUACUGGAACUCUCUGUGAAAUAGUCCUGUAUGCUGGCGGCUGCCUGCUGUUCUCCUCCGAUGCCUUGUCCUAUCCCAAAGCGAGCCAGGAGUGCCAGACCAGGGGAGGGCACCUGGUGGAUGUGAAAGAGGCCGAGCUGCAGCGGCUCAUCGCUGAUAGCAUCCCUACCGGAAGUGACGUGUCCCCGUGGAUCGGACUCAAGCUGUCGCCUGGAGUGAUGACCUAUGCUGACGGGACCAGUGUCUCAGGCCAGCUCCAGUGGCUGCCCAAUGAGCCUACUACGACCUGUGACCUGUGUGCUUACCUGGACAGCAACAACGGUCAUCUGGCCGCAACCGCCUCCUGUAUGGAACAGCACCACUACGUCUGCCGGUCAGAUAUUGACGAAUGCUCCUCCAAUCCUUGUCAAAACGGCGGAGUGUGCUUGGAUGCCGUCAACUCUUACUCGUGCCGCUGCCCUGCUGGAGUCGAAGGGGACAACUGUCAAACCGACCUGGACCUGUGUGCUGAUGUUGCCUGUCCCUUCGACUGGCAGUGUCAGGACCACGGAGACCAUUUCAUCUGCCUUGCCGGUUCCACCAGGCUGGCGGAGCCCUACUCGUGCAGCAGCGCCUCCUGUCCGGACGGCAUGUACUGCAGGAUGGAGGGGCCGGCAUCUUUCUCGUGCAGAGCCGGGUAGAUUCCCGACUCGGCUAAUCUGCAAAACAAC